GCCUUCCUCAUUCUAUCAACCGAGGCUCUGUAGAAAUUUGCUGCUCUGCUUCUUUACCUUUCUCUGUGCAAUUUCCCUCUUGUUACCGACAGAUUCUUUGAUUUUGAUCCGACGAUGGCUGGGAAAGGAGAUGGCCCGGCGAUCGGGAUUGACUUGGGGACGACGUACUCUUGCGUCGGUGUCUGGCAGCAUGAUCGCGUUGAGAUCAUAGCCAACGACCAGGGGAACAGGACUACGCCGUCAUAUGUGGCGUUCACCGACACCGAGCGUUUGAUCGGUGACGCAGCCAAGAACCAGGUGGCGAUGAAUCCAACCAACACAGUUUUCGAUGCCAAGCGUUUGAUUGGUCGGAGAUUCACCGAUCCAUCCGUUCAAGGCGACAUGAAAUUGUGGCCGUUCAAGGUCAUUGCUGGCCCCGGCGACAAACCCAUGAUUGUUGUAACCUACAAAGGUGAGGAGAAGCAAUUCGCUGCUGAGGAGAUCUCCUCCAUGGUGUUGACGAAGAUGCGUGAGAUUGCCGAGGCCUAUCUCGGAACGAACGUGAAGAAUGCAGUUGUCACGGUCCCUGCUUACUUCAAUGACUCUCAGCGUCAAGCAACCAAGGAUGCUGGCGUGAUUGCUGGGCUCAAUGUUAUGCGUAUCAUCAAUGAGCCCACUGCUGCUGCUAUUGCCUAUGGCCUUGAUAAGAAGGCGACCAGCUCGGGGGAGAAGAAUGUGUUGAUCUUUGAUCUCGGAGGUGGGACCUUUGAUGUCUCUCUUCUUACCAUUGAAGAGGGUAUCUUUGAAGUGAAAGCCACCGCUGGUGAUACCCACUUGGGAGGGGAGGAUUUCGACAACAGGAUGGUGAACCACUUUGUCCAGGAGUUCAAGAGGAAGCACAAGAAGGACAUCAGCGGAAACCCGAGAGCUCUGAGGAGACUGCGAACCGCUUGUGAGAGGGCCAAGAGGACACUCUCUUCCACCGCCCAGACCACCAUCGAGAUUGAUUCCCUCUACGAGGGGAUUGACUUCUACACAACCAUUACCCGCGCCCGAUUUGAGGAGUUGAACAUGGACUUGUUCAGAAAGUGCAUGGAGCCGGUCGAGAAAUGUCUGAGGGAUUCUAAGAUGGACAAGAGCACCGUCCACGAUGUAGUUCUUGUCGGUGGGUCGACCAGGAUUCCCAAGGUUCAGCAACUGCUGCAGGACUUCUUCAACGGGAAGGAGCUGUGCAAGAGCAUCAAUCCUGAUGAGGCCGUUGCUUAUGGAGCUGCUGUUCAGGCAGCGAUUUUGAGUGGCGAGGGCAAUGAGAAGGUGCAGGACCUUCUGUUGCUUGAUGUCACUCCUCUAUCUCUCGGGUUGGAGACUGCUGGUGGGGUGAUGACGGUCCUUAUUCCCAGGAACACAACUAUUCCGACCAAGAAGGAGCAGGUCUUCUCGACCUACUCCGACAAUCAGCCUGGAGUGCUGAUCCAGGUCUAUGAAGGUGAGAGGGCGAGGACGCGUGACAACAACUUGCUGGGCAAGUUUGAGCUCUCGGGCAUUCCUCCUGCUCCAAGGGGAGUUCCUCAGAUCAACGUGUGCUUCGACAUAGAUGCAAAUGGCAUUCUUAAUGUCUCUGCCGAGGACAAAACCACUGGCCAGAAGAACAAAAUUACCAUCACCAACGACAAGGGCAGGCUCUCCAAGGAGGAGAUCGAGAAUAUGGUCCAGGAGGCAGAGAAGUACAAGGCUGAAGAUGAGGAGCAUAAGAAGAAGAUCGAUGCCAAGAACGCACUGGAGAACUAUGCCUACAAUAUGAGGAACACCAUCAAGGACGAGAAGAUUGCUUCCAAGCUCCCUGCAGACGAUAAGAAGAAGAUCGAGGAUACCAUCGAGGGGGCCAUCCAGUGGCUAGAUGGAAACCAGCUGGCGGAAGCUGAUGAGUUUGAGGACAAGAUGAAGGAGCUGGAAAGCAUCUGUAACCCGAUCAUCGCCAAGAUGUACCAGGGAAGUGGCGGUGAUAUGGGUGGAGCUAUGGAUGAAGAUGGCCCCGCCGGCGGUGGAAGCAGCGGUGCGGGUCCUAAGAUUGAGGAGGUGGAUUAAGUGUGUUUUGAUUGGCUAUGACCUCUGGAGGGAGAAGAAGAUGGUGGGAUUUUAGUUUUCUAUUAUGUAAUCAUGCGAACUUCUCAUUUCCUGAUAUAUUUUUGAUGUAGAUUGGGUCCGUUAUGGCUAUCUAUGUUCAGCUCCGCUGAGGAAUGAAAAAGAAGGCCUUUUCCAUAACGUUUUCAAAUUUGACGAGAUGUUUCAUCUUC